AUGGCUGACAAAUCCAAGUUCUUGGUUUUGAAUCCACUGCCUGUCAAUCUUGACAAGGUCUUGGCCAAGGCUAAUGUUCAGAACUCGAAAAACGGCCCAUUUGAGGCCAUUCUUCUCCUUGGUGAUGUCCUUCCUAGUCUGGCAUCUUCAAUUCCAGCAACAGAUUUAAAUGCCCCUGCUUAUUUCACUGAGGGUAAAAAUGGAUUUCACGAGUCUGUUAUUGAAGAGAAUGAGCAAAAUGGUUCUUCAGAUUUAAUUGACAUCAAAGCGAACUUUACAAUGCUGAAACUGUUAGUGAAAAUCUUCAAAUUACAAUCGGGCGUAGUAGUGAUGAUGAUUGCUGGAAGAGCUGAAUUGGAUGACCAUAAAUCCGAAGCUCUCCUAUUGGUUAGAGAGAACAGAUCGAAGAUAGAUAUACUAGUAACAUACAAUUGGCCAAAAGCUAUUGCAGCCGAAGAGAAACUACUUCUCGUAGGAGACUCGUUUAUCGAUGAAGUUGUCAAAGAAACAAAACCAAGAUACCAUUUUGCUGUGGGAAACGAACGCGGCAAGUUCUUUGAAUACAAGCCUUUCAAGUGGGAAUCUGGUGAAUUUACGCGUUUCAUCAGUUUGGGAGAAGAAGGUUCAGGAGAAAAAUGGUUCUAUGCAUUUGGAUUGGGUCUUCAACCGCAGAAUGUUGGGACACAGGUUGGCCCAAAUCCUUUCACGACGGUACAUGUACCGUUUGUGUCAAAAAAGAGACCUGCUGAGGAUGAAACGGACAUUAAAGAAAUUACCCAAUCUAAUAUCGUCCCCAAGAAGGCUAAGAAAGUCACUUCUGAUCAAUGUUUCUUUUGUCUCUCAAACCCAAACACAGAGACUCAUAUGAUCAUAUCAAUUGCAUCUCAUACCUACAUGACCAUUGCUAAGGGACCAUUAACACGGCCAAAUAAACAUUUGCGCUUCCCUGGCCAUGCUAUCAUCUUACCCAUUGAACAUAUUGCAUCCAUACGAGAGAAAACAUCCAAUGUAAUUGAAUCGCCAAUUUAUAAAGAGAUAUUACAGUACCAAAACUCACUUGUUAAGGCAUUUUUGAAGAGCAACCCUUUCUACCGUCUUGUUUUCUUUGAAAUUAAUAGAUUGGAAAACGUCCAUGCCAGUGUACAAGUUGUGCCAAUUCCCGAAUACUUUCUAAAUAAAUUUUCUCAGACUCUAGAGAACAAAGCACAUUCCAACAACGAACGCUACGAAAGAAACCAUAAACUCGAGUUUAAAAGUUACAAAGAUGAAAAGGAUCCUGGCUUAAUACAAACAAUUAACGAAUACGAUUAUAUUAUGUUCACUGUUUAUCUGGAUGAAAAUGAUAAAAUGUACUUUGUUGCACGUUUGACGGAUUCUUCCAAAUCAGUAGAUUUGCAAUUCCCCAGACGAGUGUUGGCACAUCUCUUGAACUUGCCGAAAAGGGUGUACUGGGAUAAAUGUCAACAGCCAAUGCUACAAGAAUCGAAGGAUUGUGAAGAAUUCAAAAAGUUCUACCAUGAUUUCGAUUUUACACUUUGA